AUGAGCCUGGUGUUGGCUGAAGAAGAAAAACAAGCACAUCACCUUAGAUCGACCCUUCGGUCGACAGGGAGCAGGCUUGAUCAGGAAAUGCGCAGGGCAAAUCAGGCCGAAUCUAAAGCAGAAUUCGCAGAACUCCGAGUACAGGAGCUGACCUCGCGUGUCAGUACUGCUGAAAUGGGCAAGCGUUACGCGGAACUCGAUGCUGCACGUGCCAACGAAGAGAUACGGCGGCAUCAAAUGCGCAUUGAGAGCCUGGAAAGAGAGGUCAAGCAACUUCAGGCUGACAUCCGCAUCCUAGAGAGGCAAAGAAAUGAAGCCGAUGAAAGUGCAUCACGAGCACGGGAUACCGCGAGGAAGUUUCAGAUCGAGCUCAGCAAGCAGCAGACAAAGGAGCAAGGAAUAGAACAAGGUCGAAGAUACGGUUCGAAGAAAUGGUUUGUUACUGGGCAUAACGAGGGUUGGGAUGCUGGGUACUCGGAGGGCUUCGAGGACGGCAGGGAUGAUGGGUUUGAAGAAGGCAGACAAUAUGGAAUCCGCGAAGUACGAGAGUCAAAUCCGGGAUUCAAGCAGGGUCACAAAAUUGGUCGGAAAGAGGGAUUCGAAAGUGGCCGAGAUCAAGGUCGGCACGAAGAACGUGAACGUGCGCUUCAUGCCUUUGACGAAUUCUUUGCUUCAGAAAUCGAUGAGGAUGAUUUCACGGUGACUUCAUUCCUCAUCAUGAGCUUUGCGAAUCCCCUUCCAUCGCCUGGUCUGGGGAGUGGCCGUCGCAGGCCGAAGAACCUUCCGAGUUUACCUCUGUCUGCGUUCAGCCCACCAAGCACAGGGACUUCUGACAUGUUCCCCUUGCCUCCGACUCCCAGCACGCUCUUUCCAGGCGAAGUAAUUGACGCUCAUUUGCGGUCUGAGGCACCUCAAAGUGCUGGCACUGAUCUGGCUGGCACUGAGGUCGCAGGUGUUGUUUUACUGUUAAACAACCUUGGGAUGCCAGAAGGGCUGCAGUCGUCUCUUUUGCAAAAUGUCCGAGUCCUUUCUGUGGCGGCUCCCUUCGAGCUUAGCAGCCCCAUUCCAUCGGACUAUUCGGCUCACUCAGAGUCAUCCAUUCCCCAGUCUCUUUAUACCUCAUACACAGCUGCGCACGAGGAACCAGAAGCUAGAUCUCAGGCUAUUGAGACUUUGAAAUGGGCAUUCUCAAACAGUCGUCUUAUCGAUAUUGACGUUCAAAGUGAUGUCAUGUCGAACGUCUCAAAGUAUGAAGUGUUUGAAGACCUUCUCAUGAAGGCCACAGCAGAUCUCUCUAGAGACAAAAAGGUCCCUACAGUCCUCUCGAAUAUAUUACCACCGCCCCAUGAUCUGAGCCUGCCGAUUGUUAAGCUCCUCACUCAUCCAAGUUACCGCAAUUAUCAAGCACACUCCGCAGCCCUGUCGUUGGUACCGAAUCUUUAUGUGAAGUUUACGCCCCCCAUGUGGAAUCAAGCCGUACCAGGUCCCGCAGAUCCAACUUCAGAAAUGGAUCAACAUCGUGAAUGGAAACGAAAAAUCAAGAUGUUCAUUGGCCCCGUGCUAGAAGCGUUUGGCUACGAGCGUAUUAUUUUUGGCACUUCACCUUCCUUUGCUGCACCCUCGUUCCCAAACCCCGCGGACUGGUACGCACUUGUGCGGGAGUCGUUUGCAGAGCUUGCGGUGGAGCAGGACGCGAUUGAUGCAAUCUUUAGUCUAAAUGCGAAAAGGAUCUAUGGACCCUCAUAA